AUGGCCAAAAACCGUUCGAGCUUCCUAAUAUCUGCAACACCCGUCUCUAUAUUCGCACAUUUGUUAGCCAUUGCAGCUAUUACACUUGUAUGUGUUUGGAUAUUUCACUUUGAAGGAGGUGUCGCUUUUAAAUCCGAGACAACGCAAAAGAUCUUCAAUUUGCAUCCAUUGCUGAUGGUGAUUGGUUUCAUUGUUAUGGGAGGAGAAGGUAUAAUGGCGUAUAAAACAGUCUGGUCUUCGAGAAAGGCGCAAAAGUUGACGCACUUAAUGUUUCUUCUGAUUGCUCUUGUGUCGGGUAUUUUGGGUGCCUUUGUUGCCUUCAAGUAUCACCAUGAAAUCGGACUUAAAGACAUGUUCACACUGCAUUCAUGGCUUGGCAUGAUCACUAUUUGCUUAUUUGGUUUGCAGUGGUUGUUUGCAUUUUUCUCCUUCUGGUACCCUGGCGCUGGAAUGCCAACAAGGGCAAGACUAGUACCAUGGCACGCUUUUGUCGGUAUGGUCAUCUUCCUCCUUGCAAUUUGCACUGCCGAGACGGGUUUGUUACAGACAUUUUUAGGGCUAGAUCUAGUCAGUGGUCGAGAAGCUCUUGUUGUAAACUUCACCGGAUUAAUCAUCCUUCUCUUUGGAGUCGCUGUUGGCCUUACUGCUGUUCUUCCACGUACUUGA